CAGCUGUGACACACAGAAACAGUGUGAGAAACUCGGCGAGAUGAAAGCAGGACGAUAACUGCUGCACUCUGUGCAUGUGGGAGGAGUGAGAGCACCUGCAGGACACGAACCAGAUCACACAGCUGCCUCGCCUUUACGCACCAGCAGGAGGACGCACCAGCAGCAGGAGGACGCACCAGCAGCAGGACACCUGGUGAGCCAUGAUGGACGCAGAGGAGGAAUCCCCAGCCGAGCAGAAAGCGCAUCUCCUGGACAUCAGCUCCAACUCGCCCCGGUCUGAGCUCCAAGGUGCAGCGGAGGUGGAGGUGGAACCCGGAGACCAGAAGGAGGAGAAGCCUCCGUACUCCUACGUGGCUCUCAUCGCCAUGGCCAUCAAGGAGAGCCACGACCAGAGAGAGACACUCAGCGGGAUCUACGACUACAUCAUCUCCAAGUUCCCUUACUACGAGAAGAACAAGAAGGGCUGGCAGAACAGCAUCAGACACAACCUGUCUCUCAACGAGUGCUUCGUGAAGAUGGCCAGAGACAACAACGGAGGAGGGGACAGGAAGGGCAACUACUGGAUGCUGGAUCCGGCUUUUGAGGACAUGUUUGACAAGGGGAACUACCGGAGACGCAGGAGGGUGAGGAGACCCUGCAGACCUCCGAGCAGCACGACUCACCUGGGCGGCUUACCUGAGAGUCUCUACCUGCAGCCCUAUGUGAGCAGCUCCUGGAGCGGAUACCAGACACCUCAGGUCAUCCGCAGCGUGUCUCCAGUGGGUGCAUACUGCGAGCCUGCACACUUCCAUCACUCUCCUUAUGGUGCAUACCAUCACCACAACCACCUCCAGCACUUCCAGCACCACCGACACCAGUCCGUGCUAGUGCCCCACAACGGGUGUCCAUACGCCGCGGUGAGUCAGCCGAUGAGCCCUGGAGGAGGCUCCGUGUCUGUUGCCUGCAACUACCAGCAGCUCACCACCUAUGCAAGACAAGCUGAGGCGCCUAUUGCUUAUCCAUUUGACCACCAGUAGAGGGUUUGUGCGUUAUAUUCUAACCAUGCAUUGACAGCAUGUUCACUGAUAUAUUUUGGUUGUUAAAUUUUAACUUAUGUGUAUAGAAUUUAUCUAUAAAUUGCAGUUUUGCAUGGAGCAGGUUCAUCUGUUUCACCAUUUCAGUUGGGCUGUUAUUCAUACAAAUUGUAAAUUUGUUUUUUAUCAGCUGUUGGUUAAGUUUAUUCAUAGGCUACAGUUUCAUGUGUCAAGGAAUUUACUGUCAUUUUGCUUCAGAAAUAUGGCACAGAUCAAGUGUAAAAUUGCAGGUAGACAGUUGAUUUAAGUCGAUUGGGCUGUCAUUCGUUUGUCAGGUGUAAAUUAAUUGUUUGAUAAGUUGUAAAUGUGUUUUAUUAGCUCUUAAAUAAGCUGAGUUUAUUCAUAGGCUACACAGUUUCAUGUGCCAAGGAGUCAUUUUGCUUCAGAAAAUGGCACAGAUCAAGUGUAAAUUUGCAGGUUGACAGUUGAUUUAUGUCUUGUUGGAGAAUUAUUUUGCAACCAAAUACUACUUUUUUUUUAAAAUAUUAUUUUCUUAUGUUUCUUUUUUUUUUUUUAAAUGCCUAUACAUUUGUUAUUCAGUCAGCCGAUGAGCCCUGGAGGAGGCACCGUGUCUGUUGCCUGCAACUACCAGCAGCUCACCACCACCUAUGCAAGACAAGCAGAGGCACCUAUUGCUUAUCCAUUUGACCACCAGUAGUGAGUUAUUCUAACCACUGACAGCCAAGUUCACUGACUUGGGCUGUCAUUCGUUUGUCAGGUUAAAUUAAUUGUUUGAUAAAUUGUAAAUUUUGUUUAUCAGCUUUUUAAAUAAGCUGCUUGUUAAGUUUAUUCAUAGGCUACAGUUUCAUGUGCCAAAGAAUUUACUCGUCAUUUUGCUUCAGAAAAAUGGCACAGAUCAAGUGUAAAUUUUUGCAGGUUGACAGUUGAUUUAAGUCUUGUUGGAGAAUUAUUUUGCAACCAAAUACUACUUUUUAUUUGUACAUUUUUUUAUUAUUAUUUUUUUAUUUUUUGGAAUAUGCUUUUACAUGUGUCAUUUAUUUAUUUUUCUCUGGUUUUAUCCAGUUCUCUGAGCUGCUAUGCAACAGUUGAGAAAGUGAUGCUAUGCAUCAGAAGCACUGAUCAGUUUUCUUAUUCGAUUGUGAAUGUUUACUUGAUGUAAAUGAGGCUACAUCAUGUUUGUUACAAUAAAAUGUUAUUUUUGCAUCAAA